CAGCAGUGUCGCGAUAGCGCCGCGCUUCCGCCGCGCUGCACGGCAGGCGGCCGGCGGGGAAGGAGGCGGCGGCGGGGCCGGUCCCGCCAUGGACCGGAGGAAGAAGCCGCUGGACGUGGCCGCGUCCUCGCUGGUAGAUCUCAAAGCUGAACUCUUCCGAAAGCAAGAGGAAUUCAAGAAAGAAAAGCUGUUGAAAGAUGCUGGUGUCUUUGCAAAGCCCAGAACCUCUAAUAAGAAACCAAGUAUCUGGACCAAACAGAACACGGGAGUUGUAAAUCGAGCUGCGAAAGAUGUUGAGCAGAAGGCAGAAGAACAGGAUAUAUUGGAUCAAUCAAGGAAGAAGCUUGAAGAGAAAGCAAAGUUGUAUGAAAAAAUGACAAAAGGAGACUUCCCAGAUGAAGAAACUGAGGAUUUGUACCUGGUGGAUUUCACUCAGAAGAUCAUAGACAAACAGCACGAAGUACAGGAGCUGCAGCAGAGCGAGGCUGCUGGGAAGACUUCAGAAAGAGACACAGAUGAGGAGGAAACUCAGCCUGAAGCAGACAUUCCACCACCAGAGGACCCGGAUGAGGAAUGGGUUGAUUAUGUUGAUUUCUUGGGCCGAUCUAGACGCUGCAUGAAGAAGGACUUACCAAGUCUACUUAAAAUGGAUCAGGAACUUCAAGGGAAAAGACAAGAACCUGACGGGAAUACUCUGUUAUCUGAAGACAUGAGAAGAGAACUUCAGAGGCAGCAGUGGGAAAAGGAAGAGGAGGAAGCCCUCAGAAAGCCCAUGGGACCCAUACAUUAUGAGGACAUUCGAGAAAAUGAGGCCAGGCAGCUCGGUGUUGGUUACUUUGCCUUUUCUCGGGACCAAGAACUCAGGCAUAAACAACGGGCAACCCUGGAUAUGCUGAGGGAGCAGACACUUGAUCAGAGAAAUAAACGUGAACAGCUGAAGGAGAAGAGGAAAGCAGCUCUAGAUGCAAGGUUGUCCAAACUUCGAGCACGGAAGAUUAAAAAGUUAAGAGAAGCUGGAUUAGAGGAAGAGGCAGAAAAACUGGAGAAUGGAGAGGUGAAAGGUGCUGCUGAGGAACCAGAACCUCCAAGAGUUACUGCAGCAAGUAGGAAGGUAGAGGUCAUCAUCCAGGAGAGGAGAGAUACAAAGCCUGGAGUGCCUUAUGUGCGAGAGUGGGAUAAAGGCAAAGAACUGAUGUUUGGACAAUGGGAAAAGAAACAGGAAGAACUUAGAGAUGAGCGAGACCCAGAAUUUGCACCACCUUCUGAUUACUUUUUGGGACAAAAGAAAGAUGAUUAUCACCGAAGUCGGAAUUUUAACAGUUCUGAAACCUCCUCUGAAAAGCUGGAAACAGAGAGAGCACAAAACCAACAGAGGCCAUCAGUGCCAGGGGGCAGUGGCAGCAGCACCGGAGAUGUGCCACCAUCACCACAGCCUUCCGACAGCAACGUUCCAGUUAAGCCAGGGUCAGCAGAGCCCAGUGGCCGUGACGCUCAGGGCGUGUCAUCAGCAGAGGAUGACAGCAGCGAUGACGAGGACAUGCUACCACCAGCACAGGCUUACGGCUUCGGUGCCCGAGGGGUGCCACCCCCGCUGCGGGGUUACGGCUACAGCGCCCGGGGCGUGCCACCGCCCAUGCCAGCCUACGGCUACGGCGCUGCCGAGGUGCCCUUCCCUGUGCAGGCUUACGGCUAUGGCACGCCAGCAAUGGUGCCACCAAUGCAUGGCUACGGCUACGGCACUCCUGAGAUGCCCUUUGCGAUGCAGGCGUACGGCUACGGCAGCCAGGGUGUGCCACCGGGAAUGCCGGCCUGUGGAUGCAGUGCCCAGGAUGUGCCACCGGGAAUGCCGGCCUGUGGAUGCAGUGCCCAGGAUGUGCCACCAGGAACACACACCUGUGACUGCAGCACCCAAGAGAUGCCACCAGGAACACACACCUGUGACUGCAGCACCCAAGAGAUGCCACCAGGAACACACACCUGUGACUGCAGCACCCAAGAGAUGCCACCAGGAACACACACCUGUGGCAGCAGCAGCAGCCAAGAGAUGCCACCAGGAACAGACGCCUGUGGCAGCAGCAGCCAGGAUGUGCCGCCAGGAACGCAGGCCAGUGGCUGCAGCACUCAGGAUAUGGCACCUCCAGCACAGACCAGCAGCAGUGACACUCCAAAUCAGGAACCACUUUACCAAAGUUUAGAUGAUAUGCUCUCUUAUUAUAGACAAGUGACUUGAGCUGAGCAAAAAGAUAAGCAAGAAUCAUGAUCUAAAGAACUGGAAUAUAAUUAAUUACAUGCUCGGCAGAAUAUUAUUUUCCCACAUAUGGGAAAAAUAAGUUUCUGUAAGGUUAUCAGAAUAAAUCUCCUGGACACCUGAGCUGUUUUACAUCACAGCUAUAUUUUGCCCUGUUGUUUUGUUUUUUUUUUUAUUCUUACCUCUUUACUAAAAUUUAACUCUUUGAAUCUAACACCUGAACUUAAGGGUAUAUUAAUUAGUUGUUUUCAAGAGAUAAACUCCUUUAGUUGGUUGCUCCCAGCUGGCUUCUCUUUGGAGGUACUGCAAGUUCAGUGACAUCCACAGAAACAGUAUGGAAAUGGUAGGUUCUGCCAAACACAGAAUGAUUUUGUUCCUCACUUAAUCUCUCAUCUUUCGGAAGUGCAGAACAUUAUCUAGUGAACUGAAGUGGUUCAUAUGGUCUCUGCAUUCCUGAGGUCCAUAUAUAGCUCAUAAUUCUGUGCAGUGUUUUAGAGUGGAGACAUUGCAGAAAUCAAUAAAUAAUGAUGGGUAAGCUGACAAUAAACACAACACUGAAGCAGAAGCCUUGACACCUGAAAUUACUCUCUUACUGAUUUAGAAGAUCCUCUCAUAAUUCUCCAAGUGUGAUUUCCUUGCAUAAGGAGUUACAUAUAUGGCUUUGUUUAAUACUUUUUUUCCAAAAACUGUGAUAUUGGAGUCAUUAAAUAUAAAAGCAUACAAAGCUCUACCAAACUAACUUUUAUUUCAGAAUCUUAGUAAAUGAGAAUACUUACUUGCCACGUAGAAGAUUUUUAUUUCUGAAGGUAAUUUAGAUCACUCCACUUGUAUUUUAAAAGCCUCAUAGAAGGAUAAGGUCUAGAAAAGCAGGUUAGAAUGGGCAGUUGCAUAGAUUGUUAAAUGGCAGAGAUAAAGCCAAAAUAAUGACCAUUUAAAUGCAACAGUGAACUGGCCAAAGAGACAAAACUGAUGUGCUCCUCCUGUGUGCUUCAUUCAGAUCUCAGGCUGCUCUGCAAGCCUGGUGAACAGCAAGAUGUUCAGUGUGACUGAAGGACAUGCAGAAGAACAUAUUCUGCCCUCAAAUUCUAAUUUAGCCUCAGCUCCUACAGCACUGACUUUUGCACUGGAAUUUGCAGAGCAGGAACAGUACAUUACAAUUAUAUAUUCAUUUAACCUCAGAAUACUAUUCUGAAGUAAUAUAAUACCACUAUCUCAAUUUUGAAGAAAAUGAGGAUGGAAAAUGUCUUGGGGAAGGUCACACGCAGUUUUCCAGGCUGGCUGAUUUACAUUGAAGAAGUUUCCUCUUCGGAAACCUCACAGAAUCAGUAUCUGGAAGCCAUUCAGGGCAGGGUAUAAUUUCCUUGGAGCUGAACUAACUCUGAAGAGUGGGCAAAGUCUUUUCAAACAGCAGAGCUUGACUUGAAUUGAUUAUGGCGAUCGUAUCCUUCAAUGGAUUUCCCAAAAAGAAUAUCUGUGUCUAUUUUGCUGCUAUUUUAAUUGACAUCCAUUUCCAACUGCCUUUUGGACUUUGUUUUUCCUGUGCCCUUCAGACUGAGAUAAUUUUAUGUGUAUCUCUGAUUUAGGAGUUAUAUUGUCUUUGCAUUAGUUUAACAUUGAGCUGGAGGUGCAGUAAGGAAUGAGAUGCCAUUUAUUGCAUAGUGUUAUGUAAAAAGAUACAAUCAAAGUGUUCCUUUGUUGAGCUUCUUUUCCACAUUAAACAGGAGGGCUCUUGGCCAGGAGGGCCGUUCAGUGCCUACAUUAAAGUUGAGCCUGUUGAGAACAGCUCUCACUGCAGUGAUCUGUCACUUUGCCAUUUGGUCUGCUUCCCUCUUGUCUUGCUUUUUUGCUGAAAUGCUUUUUGCAUAUUGUCUCAUGCUGUGGAGCACACAUUUCUGUUCACUGUCCUCCCCUCAAACCACCUCAAGUUAGCUUGGCUGGGAUCAGCAACCUCAUUCAUUUCAUUCAGUAAUUCCUGGAGCAAACAAUUCCUUAUUGAUGCACUGCCAAAGUUUUAUUUCUCUCAUAUUUUGGAGCGUGUUGUCUCCCUGUCCCUCUUCCUCCUCAUUUAAACCACCCCCCAGGUUACACACCAGUGGCAAGGGGGUGCAGGUGGGCAGGGAUCUGCCACCAUUAAUGUGUGACUGAUGAACAUGAAGUAAAGCCAUCUUGUGCUCUCACUGAGCAUGCAGAGCUGGGAGCACACUCUGUCUCUGGUUGUGUUUCACGGGUUGGAGCUCUGCCCCAAGAGGUACCAGUGCUGGCUUGUGUUGCCUUCAGUGUUCCGCACGGAUGCGGGAGCAGUCCCUGCUCUAUAUCUAAGGCAGCUUUGUCCUACAUUUUUGUGUGAAUAAUUUUCUGUUACCAAAGGUACCCUUAUCC